AGGCAGUUCUCUCAAAUUCAGAGGCUCCGGUGGAGCGCUUAGUUGUAUUAUUAGGUCCUGGGGAAGUUAGGCCAAGUGGGGCGGUGGUGUGUCUGGAGGACUUGUCGUUAUGCCAUUUAAGUAUGGCUCAUAGACUGUUAAGACACCUAAUUUUCUCACAGGAGUAGUUUCUUUGGCUUCUUAUUUCCAGUUUUCACUGUUUGCCUCUCCCUGUUUUCCAGAGUCCUGUCUUGCCUGUUAUAUUUAAAAACAAACAAAAAACCCAACCCACUGAAGUGCUUCAAGACUUCUAGUUUCUGACAAACAAGGGCAGCAGACUUGAAAACAUUGUCUGAAUAAUGAAGGCUAGUUUUAGCUAGUUUUUAAAUUCAGUUUGGGAGGCAUGAGUUGCUUUGCAGAGCCAUCUUGCUGUCUGUACAUGAUCUUUGUUCCAAGAAGUGCUUCUUAUAGCUCCAGAGGACCCCAUUGUGCAAGACAUGUUCUCAGGUUAGAUUGCAAGCAUGACAGCACUUCGCAUGAGGCUAUUGCAAAUAGAGAAGUGAUUGCUCAGAAUCAUUUUAAAGCAAACUUGACAUACUUUCUACAUGAGUUAAGAACUUGUUUACAUAAUUUGGGAUUUAUCUCGUAUAGGCCAUUUAAAUAUUAUCCUAUUGUUCUUGUGCCAUGACUGGAUAAUUUAUGUGGCAAAACAUCCCAGGAAAAGUUUUGGUAUGUCAGUUUGGUGUUUGACGGUUCCAUAAAUCAGCAGUUUAGAGAAGGAAAACAAUACUAAGUGAGUUACUGAAGUAAUGAUGCCAGACACUUUGCAGAUUGACAGUUCUCCUGGGAAUGCUUGUGUGUCAAAAAUAUGCAUUGAGAUCUGAGCAACUUAAACCGAAUUUAAGGAUAUUGAAGCUUCUCAUAAAUAAGAGGAAGAAAGUCAACAAUUUGCAGUAUCAGCUUUGGCUACAGUUUGAAGGUGUAGUUGCAAUAUCAGGCAGUGAAACAGAAGAUGAUGACACUAUGGAUGUCCCACUGGAUCUUUCCUCAUCUGCUGGCUCGGGCAAACGGAGGAGACGUGGCAACCUACCCAAAGAGUCUGUGCAGAUUCUUCGGGACUGGCUUUAUGAGCACCGAUACAAUGCUUAUCCUUCAGAGCAAGAAAAAGUGCUGUUAUCCCGGCAAACACACCUUUCCACACUACAGGUCUGCAACUGGUUUAUCAAUGCACGCCGCAGGCUCUUACCUGAUAUGCUGAGGAAGGACGGCAAAGACCCAAACCAGUUCACCAUCUCACGGCGGGGGACCAAGCUUCCUGAAGGCAGCAUGGUGGAGUCCUCCAUGGGCACAAAGAACUUCCUUCCCUUGCUGGAGGAGAGCCCCUUCCUUCCCGCCUCUGCCACGCUCAGCAAGACUGUGUCCUCUUCCAAGCCUGUGUCCCCGGGGUCUGUCCUGGCUCGGCCCUCGGUGAUUUGCCACACGACUGUGACUGCGUUGAAAGAUGCCCCUUUCCAUUUUUGUCAGCCAGCUGAUGUAGGCCAGACCACGGACCUGCAGCAGCCCCCGGCCAACGCCUUCACAGACAGCUCCCUCUCCUACCACGAGGAUGCCUCUAAACUGGGACCUGGUGCGAAUGCGCAAAGCGGGCUCUUUAACACUCCUCCUCCAACCCCACCAGACCUCAACCAGGAUUUUAGUGGAUUCCAGCUACUGGUGGAUGUUGCACUCAAAAGGGCGGCAGAGAUGGAGUUGCAGGCAAAACUCAUGGCCUAAAUCCCCUUCCUUCUUUUUCCUCUUU